GGCGCUACAAUGCCGUCAGCACGCCUCAAGCCACGCUCGGGAACAGAGUGCGACGACGCUGCUGCGCGUAUUUAUGUUAAAAAAUGCCAAAUAAGUAUCAGAGAAAAGCCAUAGCCACUCGUGGUUGUUGGAGUGAAGAUUCACUAAAAGCUGCUAUAAAUUCCCUAAAAAAUGGAGAAAUGUCGGUGUAUAGAGCAGCAAUUAUCUACGGCAUACCUCGUAAAACACUCGAAAGAAGAUACAAGACUAACAAUGACAAAAAGAAUUUUAAAAGACAUAUCUCCUAUUCCUCAAAAAAUAAUGGAAGUUCGUAAACGUAGCAAACAGGUUGGCAAAGUUUUGACUUCAGAGGAGCAUAUAGCAUUAAGAAAGGAUAAAGAAAACGAAAAGACUUUGAAAGAGCAGAGGCGUAAAGUAAAACAAGAAAAAAAAAUGAUUAAGCCCAAAGAUAAGAAGACUGAUACAAAUAAGAAUAGAAAACGGAAAGCUGUAAGGCGUAUGAGCGAAAGCAGUUCUGAUCUCAGUGAACCAGUAUUGUGUGAUACAUCUGACGAAGAAGAUAAAGAAAACGAAGCAGAUAACUGCGCUGGAUGCGGAGAAAAUUAUUAUAAGACUCGUCUUGUGGAAGAGUGGCUCCAGUGUCUUAUUUGUGACAGGUGGGUACAUGAAAACUGUACCGAGUUUGAUGAUAUGUGUUCCAAAUGCGGACAGAAGAAGAAAAAAGAAGCUAAACAAGCCGAAUUUCAGGGAAAGGGAAAGGGAAAAGGAAAGUCAAGUACUGGCCAUCUAUCCCGUAUAGCUACGGCCAACUAACCCUGAAGCCCCGGGAGAGUUGGCCAAUUCUAUUUUUUUUUAGAAAUAGCUUUUUAAUAUGUUUUUGAAUUAUAAAAAAAUAUUUGUCGUUGAUUUUUACAAGACUAAUUACUGUUAAUUAUGAUAAGAAUAAAAGACUGAUUGAAGCAACA